CCAGGAACGACCCCUAAUUCCGACCACACUUGCCUGCGUCCUGACCUCUUGCUGCGGUGUCUUUCCAUCUUGCCAUUGACCAUUAUCUCUGCAUCUCACAUUCACACCGUCAAAUCAAUUAGAUCAUACUCAUCGCUCUCUUCUCUUUCUACAGUCAAUAUGGCGGGUCCCGUAGCAGAGUCUGCCUCACCGAUUGGUAUCGCGAACCUCCCCAACCAGCGACACAAGAUUGUCGCAAAGAGAGGCGCCGCCUUCACAAUCAUGGUGGCUGGCGAGUCUGGCCUGGGAAAGACUACGUUCAUCAACACGUUGUUCUCCACAACUAUCAAGAACUAUCAAGAUCACAAGCGACGACAUGCUAAACAGGUCGACAAGACCGUGGAGAUUGAGAUCACAAAGGCUGAGCUGGAAGAGAAGUUCUUCAAAGUUCGCCUGACCGUUAUCGACACACCUGGCUUCGGUGACUAUGUCAACAACCGCGACUCUUGGAUGCCCAUUAUCGAGUUCCUUGACGAUCAACAUGAGUCCUACAUGCUUCAAGAGCAACAACCCAAACGACAUGACAAGAUCGACCUCAGAGUUCAUGCUUGCCUCUACUUCAUUCGUCCUACAGGUCACACCCUGAAACCCUUAGACAUUGAAGUCAUGAAGAGACUUUCCUCACGUGUCAACCUUAUCCCAGUCAUUGCAAAGGCCGAUACCCUCUCUCCUGCCGAUCUUGCACGCUUCAAGCACCGCAUCCGAGCUGUCAUCGAAGCACAAGGCAUCAAGAUCUACCAACCACCGAUCGAAGACGACGAUGAGGCUGCGGUACAGCAUGCACGCGCUUUGAUGACUGCGAUGCCGUUCGCCGUCAUCGGUAGCGAGAAGGAUGUCAAGACUACUGAUGGCCGUAUUGUCAAAGGUCGACAGUAUGCUUGGGGUGUUGCAGAGGUGGAGAAUGAGGAACACUGCGAUUUCAAGAAGCUACGAUCCAUUCUCAUCCGAACUCAUAUGCUCGACCUCAUCCACACCACCGAGGAAAAUCACUACGAAGCCUACCGUGCCCAACAAAUGGAGACCAGAAAGUUCGGCGAAGCCAGACCAAGAAAAUUGGACAACCCCAAGUUUAAGGAAGAGGAAGAAGCGCUUCGAAAGAGGUUUACUGAACAGGUCAAGGUCGAAGAGCAGAGAUUCCGAGCUUGGGAGCAGAAGUUGAUCGCCGAGCGAGACCGUCUUAACAAGGAUUUGGAGUCGACUCACGCUGCCAUCAAGCAGUUGGAGCAGGAGCUUGAGCAGAUGCAAGGCAGUGCAGUCCGCAGCCACGGUCGGCGUUAAACCAGGUUGGUGGUAAUUGGCAGUCCAAAAGCGCAAGGAUUGAGCGAUAUUGUAUGGAUGGCGAUGAAGGACUCUGGUAGUCCUGGCUUUUCCUCAUUUGCUGCAGAAGAGAGAACUUUUCCGAUGGUGUACAGGGAGCGCAAAGCGAUUGAAGGUCCGUAUUGCUACGAGAUACCUCAUUAAUGUCAGAUGUCUUCAUUCAAGC